AUUUGAUUGUAAAUAGAAAAAAAGGUUUAUAUAGUUAAUACAGCAAAAAUCUCAACCGCUCGUCUCUCCCAAACCGCUUAAUUUUCUUCAAAUUAAGAAUAAAAUUCUUCUCUCAACCGUCGUAUAAAUUCAUCAUUACUCGGCAAACCCAAACCCCAUUAACAACAUCUCUUACGUCUUUGCAUCGGUUGGUUGGUUGGGUUGGUGGGGUCCCCCUUUCAUUUUCCCAAUUAUUUUUCUCGAGAAAGUUUCAAACAUUUUCUCGAGAAAGUAAUCAUUUUCAAAAAUUCUCAAGUUCAUUAUUUUCCUUCCUUCCCUAACUUUUAUUAGCUUUACUAAGAAACCCUUUUAUCAGUUUUAUAUAAAUUUGCCAUUUUUAAUUACAAACAUCAAAGUUUUGCUCUUUUGUUCGUUUUCAUGGCGUUGCUUAGUCGUUUCAGAUCAGUUUUUUCCUUUACAAACAUCAGGCGUAUCUUUCAGUUUGGUGGACCUAGAGAAAUAGAUCUUGGAGCACAUACAAUAAAAUCUCAUGGAGCAUCAGUUGCCAGAAACCAUAUGCUAGAUUGGCUUAUAUUAGUAGUGUUGGGAGUAAUAGCGAUUAUUCUCAAUCAAAUUCACCCUUUUAACCGCUUUGUUGGGAAAGAUAUGAUGGAUGACCUUAGAUAUCCCAUGAAAGACAACACUGUUCCUGUUUGGGCUAUUCCUAUAUAUGCAGUUUUGUUGCCUAUUUUGAUCUUUGUCAUAGUCUAUCUGCGUAGAAGAGAUGUCUAUGAUCUUCACCACAGCAUUCUUGGCCUAUUAUUUGCUGUGGUGAUAACUGGGGUUCUUACUGAGGCAAUAAAAAACGCAGUUGGUAGACCAAGACCCGACUUUUUCUGGCGUUGCUUUCCCGACGGUAUAGAUGCAUAUGAUCGAUGGGGCGAUGUGAUAUGUCACGGUAAGGCUAGUGAUAUCAAGGAAGGACAUAAGAGCUUCCCAAGUGGCCAUACUUCAUGGUCUUUUGCAGGGUUAGGUUUUCUGUCGUUGUACUUGUCGGGAAAGAUUCAAGUGUUUGAUCGAAACGGGCAUGUUGCAAAACUAUGCAUUACUUUCUUCCCUUUGUUGUUUGCAUCAUUGGUUGGUAUUUCUAGAGUGGAUGAUUAUUGGCAUCAUUGGCAAGAUGUCUUUGCCGGAGGCCUAUUAGGGCUUGUUGUAGCAACUUUUUGCUAUUGUCAAUUCUUUCCACUCCCUUACCACAAUGAAGGAUGGGGGCCGUACGCAUACUUCAGAGCGUUGGAGGAGACUCGUAGCAACGCUAUCAAUAUGAACGAUGUGAGCAGUGCUGUGAAUGGACAGAGCACGGGGUAUGUUCGUCGAGAAUCGAAUGCAGAGAUGAGAUCUAAUGGCGAAACUUUCAUGGCGUUUUCGGUUGACCAGAAUUCAACUACCUCAACCUUGGAUGAAUUAGAAUCUGGGAGGAGAUAAUCCAAUUAAUCAAUCAAUCACAUAUUCAUGUUUAAUUAUGUUCAAAUAUAUUUUUUUUGCUCUCUUUUUUCUUGAUUGUUUUCCUCUGUAUAAUAUGUAUGUAAGAUUUUUUUAGUAGUGUUAUAUAGUUAUCUGAGCUUGCUUACAUCAUAGUAAAAAAAGUUUACUAAACUAACCAUAUUUUUUUGCCUUAACUUUAAGUUUAAUUGCCUUGAAAAGAAAAAAAAAAUUAAUUGAAGAACUAUUUUAUAAA